AUGGGUUGUAGUUGUGCAGCAAACCAUAAGAUUGUGCAAGUGUCAGUAUCAAAGCCAUACCUUUCUGCAAAUUUAUUUGUAUUAUACUCGCGAGUCCACUCUACCAAAUUGGAAAUUGCGGAUGCUUUUUUCAUAAAAAGCAUUCCACCCGUUUCGACUCUGGCCAAGAAAAUUAUUACAUGCCUAAUUAUGGUAACAAAUAGGUAG